GGUAAAGCCAGAUUUCCAGCUGGCCACACUGGUCACACGCCGGUCCAAUAAGAAAUUUGAGAUUCCAUUUAGGCUAGGUUUACAAAUUUUAUAGGAAACACUCCCCCAAGAUGUCCGUCAAAGCCAAGAUCGGUCCGAGCAUUCUCAAUGCGGAUCUGUCCAAUUUGGCCGCCGAGUCCCAGAAAUUGCUGGACAAUGGAGCCGACUACCUGCACCUGGACGUCAUGGACGGUACCUUUGUGCCCAAUCUCACCUUCGGUCAUCCCAUGGUGAAGAGCUUGCGAAACAAGAUCAAGACGGCCUUUUUUGAGACGCACAUGAUGGUCCAGAAACCGGAGCAGUGGAUAGAGCCCAUGGCCGAUGCUGGCGUCAACCUGUACACGUUUCACAUUGAGCCCGUGGAGGACGUAGACAAGGUCAGCCGGCUGGUGCAGGAGGCCGGCAUGAAGGUGGGCCUGGCCAUCAAGCCGGGCACAAAGGUCGAGGAUCUGGAAAAGUUCGUGUCCAUUGCUGAUGUGGUGCUGGUGAUGACGGUAGAGCCCGGAUUCGGUGGCCAAUCGUUCAUGGCCGACAUGAUGCCCAAGGUGGAAUGGCUACGCGCAAACUACCCCAACCUGGACAUCGAAGUGGACGGCGGCGUGGGACCCAAGACCAUCGAAUGCUGUGCCAAGGCCGGGGCCAAUAUGAUAGUCUCAGGCACGGCUGUGGUAGGAGCAAUCGAUCAGGCUGAGGUCAUCAGGGAGAUGCGCGACGUGGUGCAGAGGUACACCAAGUGACACCUUUUACAAGGAAAGAAUUUGUUAGUUAGGGUAACGCAGAAUAUUCCUGGAAAAAGCAUUAUUAAAAGACAUUUACACACGGCUAA